UUUCAGGAUAAUGGCAGGUCAAAUCAAAUUUCAAUAUUACUUCUUGCUCGUUGUCCUCAUUAGCUGUGGGACCCUCCCGACAGAUGCUGUCGAAUGUGGGGAUAACUGGACUACUUUUGAAAAAUCUAAAUGCUUCCGGUUCUUUGAUAAUUUUGAAACUAAAGACAUUGCGGCCCAGACUUGUCGCAAUAUUCCCACAGAGGAGGUUAACACGACCAAAUUGUUAUCUGUAAAAUCAGAGGCGGAACAACUCUUCCUGAGCGAAUGGUUGUUUAGAGAAUUAGGUAUUUUAAACAGAGUUUGGCUCAACGGCGAAAGAUUCAAUGGCUCAACCUUCAUCUGGAGUGAUGUUGACGGAAUGUCCUUCACAAAUUGGGACGUCGGGUUUCCAACCAACUUGACGAACGACUGUGUGGAUAUGAGUCCACAAUCUGGUGUCAUGUCGCCACCAUUGGCCGCAGAGGAUGGCGCGUGGCGAGAUGUGCCAUGCACUAAGAGGAAUUUGGUUGUGUGUGAGAAAAAUCCUAGCUUAUCUCCAGGGGAGGUGGUGGACAUGCUUUUCCAUCUGAGGGACAAUCCAGUUCCAAUUGGAUUCAUCUACGUCCAACUACCCUUCCACCCCGCGCCACAAACGCUUUGGCCAAAUUUGAUCUGGAAAAAUGCUACGGGGGAUUAUGCCGGAUUAUUCUUCCGAGCCGAGGGUGGACCUUCGGGGGGCUUUGGGACAGUUCAGGCAGACACGUGUAACCGACUUAGCACUGUAUCCUCAUCGUUAAGCACCACCUUUCCCCCAUCAUCGGUAACAGUGCCAGCUACGGGAUUUUCUAAUAGUAUCUUUGCCGGAUACGAACCAACUAGCAUUAACCGUUAUGAGGUAAUGAGCUUCUCCAACUCUGGUGAAGAGACUCGUCCGAGAAAUACGGCGGUUAGGAUAUGGGAACGAAUAUAGGUUGCAUGGUACUACAUACGUAACACAAAUUAAUUUAGUUUUCAACAAAUAGAAAUUUGUUUAACCUUUUUCCCUUAAAUACGUGGUAUGAUGUAUUUUGAAACAUGUCCCUAAGAGACCAAAUACAUCAUAUGACGUAGAGAAGUUUUUCAUGGGCAACUAACAUCGAAGGUGAAAAUUGGUAAAAAAUGAAAAACUCCAUUAUGAAAUGUGGAAAACGCCAUAGUGAAAAGUUGGAUUUUUAUAGCUUUUUUCAGCGGAAUUUUAGAAUAUUUUCUAUAUCAAGUCCAUGCUAAAAAUGGAAUUUUCAUUUUUUUCCAGUUUAUAUCAAGUUCGAAUAUUUACAAAAACUCAAAUUCGGGUGUUAGUGGGUACAAAGGGCUUUGAAAUUAAAGGCGAAAAAGGUUAAUAGCAAUAAAUUUGAAAUUUUAAUAUACUUAUUGUUGGAGUUAUUAUCCAACCGAAAAAAAUUGUAAUAAAAGUAAAAUAUAAUAUCAUACAUAAUAUAUAGUAUAAUAUCACAUUGCCACCUUCGACCCCAUUUUUACAAAUUUUUCGUAUGUCUUUCCAUUCAUGGUUGAUCACUGCUUUUCCUAACUUGUCGUCACACUAUCCAAAAUGUUUCCAUAAUUCAUCGAAAUCCGGUUUUUCCCACUGGACAGAAGUAGUUUUAACCUCCCUAAACCGUUUUAAUCUUUCAAAACGAAACACUAAUGUGCAGAUUUUGGCAAUUUAUAUUUGCACUACGUUAUCUCCAACGAAGGCGGAAAAACGAGCCAGUUUCGGG